AAUUUUGCCCAAAACAGAAACCCCUAAUAGCUGUCUGUCUUCGUCUUCCUCUUCCUCACAGUAUCGUUGCCUUCCUUCUAAACUGUGCAGCCACUGCAGUCAUCAGAUCCCUUUAAUUUGUGGUAGCCGCUGGUGUCAUCCCUUUGCCAGAUGGAAGAAAUAAUUGAAGAGCAAAUAAAUGAUGGAAAUCAACAACAUGAUGAUAGUUUAGAAGUAAAUGCUGCUGCUGAUCAAGAUCAGGAACCUAAAGUUGGGAUGUCAUUUAGCUCUGAAGAUGAAGUUACCCGGUACUAUCUUAAUUAUGCUAGAAGUAUGGGAUUUGGAACUUCUAAAAUAAAUACAAGAAAAAGAGAUGAUGGAAAAAAAUAUUUUACUCUAGGAUGUAGUCGCGCCAGAAAGUAUGUGAGUAAUUCAAAGAAUCUUUUGAAGCCUAAUCCUACUGUAGGGGUGCAGUGUAAGGCUAGAUUGAAUGCAUGUAUGUCUUCAGAUGGAACAGUUGUGAUUUCUAGAGUUGUUCUUGAGCAUAAUCAUGAGCUAAGCCUAACUAAAGCAGGCUAUGUUAGACGCAACAAGAAUUUGGAUCCUUGUAUAAAAAGGAGAUUGAGACUCAAUGAUCAAGCUGAAAUUGAUGGGAGCAGGAAUUUUCAAUCUUCGGUUGUUGAAGCAAAUGGGUAUGACAGUCUUACCUUUGGAGAGAAAGAUAGAAAUUAUAUAGACAAAAUAAGACGACUAAGACUUGGUACAGGAGAUGCUGAAGUAAUUCAGAGCUAUUUUGAUAGAAUGCAAAAACAAAAUAGUCAAUUUUACUAUAGAAUGGAUGUGGAUGAUAAAAGUCAUUUACGGAAUGUAUUCUGGGCAAAUGCUAGGUCUAGGGCAGCAUGUGAAUAUUUUGGUGAAGUCAUAACAUUUGACACCACGUACUUAACAAACAAGUAUUACAUGCCUGUUGCUGCUUUUGUUGGAGUAAAUCACCAUGGUCAAUCUGUGUUGCUAGGUUGUGCUCUAUUGUCAAAUGAGGAUACUCAAACUUUUACUUGGUUGUUCUCAACUUGGUUAGAAUGCAUGCAUGAACGUGCUCCGAAUGCUAUGAUUACUGAUCAAGAUAGAGCAAUGAAAAAUGCCAUUGAUAUUGUUUUUCCAAAUGCUCGUCACCGGUGGUGCUUAUGGCAUAUAAUGAAAAAGGUACCAAAAAAGUUAGGUAAACACUCUGAUUAUGAGUCUAUGAAGACAGUUUUGCAUGGUGUUGUAUAUGAUUCUUUAAGUAAGGGUGAAUUCAUGGAGAGAUGGGAGAAAAUGAUUAAAGAUUAUGAACUACAUGCCAAUGAAUGGUUGAAAGAGAUAUUUGAUGAGAGAUAUCGCUGGGUUCCUGUGUAUGUGAAAGACACAUUUUGGGCUGGAAUGUCAACAACACAACGUAGUGAAAGUGUGAACUCAUUUUUCGAUGGGUAUGUGAACUCAAAGACUGCAUUGAAACAAUUUCUUGAACAAUAUGACAUUGCAUUGAGAGAUAAAGUUGAAAAAGAAAGCAUGGCUGAUUUUGGUUCAUUUAAUGCAGAAAUUGCUUGUGUAAGUAUUUUUGGCUUCGAGUCCCAGUUCCAAAAAGCAUUUACCAAUGCAAAGUUCAAAGAAUUUCAAGCAGAGAUUUCUUCUAUGAUGUAUUGUAAUACUUGCUUUGAUAGAUUGGAUGGCUUGAAGUCAAUAUUUUCUGUUACAGAAAGUAAGAAAUUAUAUGACAAAAUGAAAUAUGUAGUCUUCAAUGUAUCCUUUGAUGAAGAAAACUUGCAAUGUACAUGCUACUUAUUUGAGUUCAAAGGUAUUUUAUGUAGACACAUCCUUUCUGUGCUUAAGCUCAAAGAUAAAACAGAGUCAGUGCCACCUUCUUAUGUUUUCUCACAUUGGAGGAAGGAUAUAAAAAGGAGGCACACACUUAUUAGAUGUGGUUUUGAUCAUUUAGCUGGGAAUAUUGAAUUGCAACGACUCAAUAAAGCUUGUGAUGCCUUUCAUGAAGUUGCUUUUAUGGGGAUAAAUACUGAUGAAGAUUUAUUGAAAGUUAUGAAUUGGAUCGACAACUUAAAGACAGAGUUAAGCAGUAAAGAACUAUUACAGGCACAACAACAUAUAGAUAAUCAUCCCUCUGGUCUGAAUGGUCCGGCAUCAUAAAAGAGUCAUGAAGAAACCACUACUGAGACAUGAGAGAGUCAUAUUUGCUACUUUCAAUUGCAUAGAUGUUGAUGUUGUUAAAUAGAGGUUACUUUUGGGAUUAUUUGUGUAGGUUUUUUAUCAGAUUAUUAAUUUUGAAAAUGUAACCUGAUUCUGGUGUUCAAAUUUGUUCUCAUUACUUGUUCAGUUUUUCUGUAUGAAAGUCUUUGUGUUGCAACAGUUUUAUGAAUGGAGCUGCUUGUUGCUUCACUCUAACACCAAGGUUGAGUCUGGUCACAUAUUACUCGUGAUAGCUGAUAAGGAUCCAUUUCUUCUUAUGACAAAGCACAAUUUUAAUUCUGGUAUUCA